ACGCGCAAUAUAACUCGCUAGACAAAGGCGUCAUGGACUAAAGUCAAUGAUGCGUUUUUUUUGUUCCGCAAAUAAAAAACCAGUUUUAGAUUAGCUUCUUUCGUUGCGCAAGUUUAACAAUGGAAACGCGGUAACAGACGGACAAAUCUGCAGCGGUGGGAGCGUUUGAUUGAUCGAUUCUUUUUUUUUUUCUGCGAGAUACAUGACGCACGAUGAUCAAUUCACCGUGGAAACAUUUAGUCGGUCAACGAUGUUUCAUUCUCUACGGGGGAAAGUAAAUGAGAAGAUUGUUCCCGGCGAAUGAGUUUUAUUUUUCUAUUUUGCAUUUAAUGUUGUCUGUGUAAUUUUUUGCGAUUAUUAUUGUUGAUAUACCACUUUCGCGCAGACGUUGCUCGACGUAAUUCCACUUCUCGAAUCGCCGGAGCACAGGUUUAUGAUGCACAGCAAGAGGAGAUGAUGAUUAUCGUAGCGAUGCCAAGUGAAGAAGGGAGCGGAUCAUUGGUGUCCGUGCAGAGUGGGAGGAAACGGCAGGUUCAGUCCGCGCCGAACCGUCGCGACGCGCGGAUUCAGUGAUAUCGGAUUGUCGGUCUCUUUCUUUGUCUCUCCGAUAUUGUGACUGUUGAAUUUUACAUCCGAAUUAAAACGCGACGGAUGUUACGUCCCCACUCGCUUUCUAUUGAGGAAAAUUUUCACCCGAGAGAGAGAAAAGCAAGUUUGAAGGCUCCAUCCGGUCACAGUGAGGCGUUAUGAAGGAGGUCCAGGAGCAGCAGCAACCGGAGUCAAUGGAAUCCAACGAGUCGGUUUCCGGCUCGAACGAGUACGCCUAUCGACCGCUCACAACAAAGCACAGACGCGCCGGAAGCACCGGAACCACCGGCGACGAGGAAUACACUACGGACGAGGAUGAGCUGUACACGGACGAAGCUGAUUGCUCGAUCGGCGUCACGCUUCAUCCGCCUCAUCCUAUUCUCAAAUCGGAUCUUGCGAGAGCGGCCACGGAUCUUUUCGGCUACGCCACUAAACGUGAGGACGACGAAGAACCUACUAGUCUGUUCGACGAGGACGAUAACAAGUUCCUAAGUGAUAGUUCCAACUCAACUAAAACCACUCUGUUCACGUACAACGAAAAACUACAAGGUGUUCUAUCGAGACAUCGAAAUAGCACAUCGGACGAGGCUAAGCCGACAAAGCUCUGUGACAACAAACUAAAAUCUCACGAGUCGGAAGUCACGGAGCCUCAUCACACGAGAUCCUUGGACUUUCGAUUAAGCGAGGCAGAGGAAAAAGCGAAGGCCGAGAAAACUGAUACAGACUCAACGAAGAAAGAUAAUAUCCACGAUUCCUCCAAGAGAUUGUCCUUUUCUAAAGAUACACAGCCAGAAAUAUCGUCAAAGCAAGAAUUGUUGAGCGUUCCUAAAAAAGUUAGCAGUCCGCCAUCGCCGACCACCUUGCAAUGGGGAAGAGCAGUGGCUGAAGUAAAAGAACACGCAGUGGCGAAAUUACAGGAGGAACUUAAGAGGGCUCAUGAAGAACUAAAACUGAAAGAUGAGGAGGUUGCCAGGCUCUCGCGAAUCAGACAAGAUGUAGAGGCCGAACUUGAAGAACUCACUGCCAGUCUCUUUCAAGAGGCACAUAAUAUGGUUCGAGAAGCUAACGUACGCCAAGCAACAGCGGAGCGUCUCUUGGAGGAAAGUCGCAUGAAAUCAGAAGUACUUGCGGCCGAAGUAGUUGCUUUGAAAACUUUGGUGCUUACGUCUACACCAUCGAGGCCGAAUCCUCAUUUGCAUCCUCAAAUUGAUAAAGGUCGCGUAAGCAACGGCGAGGACGGCCAGGGCUUGUUUACGAAAAAACAUCGAAGAUCGCCGUCGCAUUUCAAUUUGAAGUACGGUCGAGAGAAUUCGCCGCCUGAGUCGCCGGUGAAAGAACAAAGACCGUCUUUGCCGAGUGACAAAGAAACUCUCGAGAAGGAGUGGAAGCGGGAUCGCGAAAAGGAAAAGGACCGGGAGUGUAAGGAUUUCGGUCUGGAAGUCGAUCCGAGAGUGUAUACAGAGUUUCUCAGAUGGAAGGCAAAUCCCUGCGUCGACAAGAGCGAUCCUUUUGUCGCGCGAGUAUUUCGAGAGGACAUCGACCUCUGUUUGGAUUUUCCUAAUAAAGAAUUGGGUGCUAAAGUCAGACAGGCCGUGUUGGACGGCAUCAUUUUUAUCGAGGCGGUCAGCGACAAAACGAAACUUGCUUUUCCCAAAAAAUGCGCGCUGUUUGAGGCGCCAAGACAAUGUAACUACCGUACGCGACUCGGCGAUCAGGAGAACCAAUGGUACUGCAUCUCGCAGAUCUGUCGCAAUCGAAUUAUAGCGGUGUGUGAUUUUCUCAAUUAUUUGAGAUACAUCGAGCGCGGUCUCGUCAAAAGCUCAGUUCACGAUGUUUACUGGGAGAUCACGCGGCUGAGGAAGGAAAUGGUUUUCGCGCGCUUGGGUCUUGCGUUGUCGUCCUGAGGUUCGCGCAGACGAGAUGUUAUUUAGUCUCGGAACAUUUUAAGUUAAAAAAACAAAACAAUUGAUUGCCUAGAAAUAGAAUCAAUUACAAAGUGCGCAAAAAAUCACUGUAAUUGCGCGGUGAUUUCCGUCAUCGGCCUUUUUUUGCGCAGUGAAGGUGCAAUGCAAGUAAGCUUUCGGAUAUUCGAAGUCUCUCUAAUUCUGUAAAACGACUCUGAUUGAUAUUUCCUAAAAAUUUACACGCGCGUGUAUUUUUACGACUGUAAAACGUCCGUGAUUUAUUCAUACAUGAAACUUCCUUUUCCUGGUUUAUGAAUUUUGUAACGCGAUUAAUAGAUUUAACCUACGUCGCGAUAUUUUUAACUCCGCGUGAGAAUACACAAGGAUUUAUAUUUAAAAUCAUCCAGGAAAAAUGCGCGUGCGCACUUGCGCACCGGGUUAAACUGCGCGCGUGAGUUUUUUUCGAAAUAUCGAUAACCACUUUGACACAUUGUAGAUUUAAUUAUUUGUGAGCAAGUUAAAGUGACAAUGGAGCUGAUUAGAAGGCUGUGAAUGAUCUUGACAUUGCUGAUCAGACAUUGUCAAAAAGUCUCUCUCAUAUGUAAAUAAUAGACGAGAAUUUUCGAGAUUGUAUCAUAUUUUUUUUUUUUAAAGUUUAACUGAAUGUCAUUGAUAACUAAUUGUUAGACUUGUGACGAAUUAUGACAGUUAAAAUUCUCCGAACUAUAUAGUUGACGUUUAUAUUCCAUGAAUAGUUAAUGUGGUUAACAAUCAUAUAUUAUAUAUACGAGUUCACUAUACGUCGUGGUUUGGUAUUAACAUCGACAAAAAAUCCCAAUAUGUGUUUGCAAAUUAUUUAUAUUUAUAAUUGUUUGUGUUUUUAUUUUUUUAAAUUUUAUUGUAUUAAUUUAUUGAUUUGUUGCGUUAAUUGUACACUCUGUCAACGGCUGAAUAUUGAAAUAUUGUUACAAAUAUUGUUGUGAUCGCAUAUAAAUUAUCAUAUUUAUUUACGUUCAAGAGUUCGUACCAAACCCCGAAAUAGUAAAAAAUCCUGUCAUUUAAACUUGUAGGUGAUACUCAUUGUUGCAUCGUAUUCUGACUACUAUAAUAUAAUAUUCUUUCGAUAUUAUCACUCAUAGAAAAGAGAGAGUUAUAUCUGUGUGGACCAUGUAUGAAUCUCAGAAAAAAAAUUUAGUAGUGUAAAUAGAAAAACUUCUAUCCAUGUCAUACAAAUAAUUCUCAACAUUUUAUCAUAAAAUGUCGUCGGUUGUAAACGGGGACAUUUUCGGUUUUCUGCUCUUCAGAUAUUAUAUAAUCCAGCAUGUUGAAAGUAUAAAUUCGCGUUUUCUUAUGACGGUUAUAUGUUGUUAAUAUACAUACAUAUAUAUCGAUCAAACCUGACAUCUGCGUGUCGGUCAUGUAUUUUCUGAUUGUAUAUACAUAUAUAUAUAUAUAUAUACACACACACACACAUAUAUAUAUUUUGUUUACUACGAAAAUAUUUUCAACUCUGAAUUUUGGAUCAUGAGAUAUUAAAUGAAUUACUCGAGGCGAAUAAUCUCUACAAAAACAAAAAAAUUCACACUGUUCAUUACACCAUAAUGACUGAGACGACUAAUUAUUUCAAUGCUGUGAAAACGAUCGCUAUCGGUGAGAUUUUUAUCUUGUCUUCCAUUAUUUACCGCGUUCGAUAAUGUAAUAAAAAUAAUGAUCGAGAGAAAAAAACACAAUUUACGAAUCAGUUCGCCAUUUGAAAAUAAUGCCAAUGUACAACUUGCGGCCAACGAUAAAAGAGAGAACGAAACGCCUUUUCGUUAUACGGGGCGGAAAGAAAAGACUUCUUGUGAGCAUUUCUUGUGAAAUAGAAAAUAUAUGGUAGUUGUAUA